AUGUCCCAGCCCAGUGCACCCCCAGCUUACGAUGAGAACCCCCUCUACCCCCCACCCCCAGGGGGGUACCCCCAGCCCCAUCACUACCCUGGGGGGUACCCACAGCCGGGGGGAUACCCCCCAGCGGCAGGGUAUGGGCAACCAGGGGGCUACCCAGCAGCAGGGGGGUACUCUCAUCCAGGGAUGGCCAUUCCCACCAUGCCUGUUCGCUUCGGUGAUGAUGGCAUCGGGGAUGGCUCCCCCUUCCAAUCAGUUGAUUGGGACGACAGGAAAGUCCGGCACACCUUCAUCCGCAAGGUCUAUGCCAUCAUCUCCCUGCAGCUGUUGGUGACAGUGGGAAUCAUCUCUGUGUUCACCUUUGUCCACCCUGUCCGCUCCUUCGUCCAGGAAAAUAUUGCCAUCUACUACGCCUCAUAUGCUGUGUUCCUGGUAACCUACUUGGUGCUGGCUUGCUGCCAGGGUCCCCGGAGACGCUUUCCAUGGAAUAUCAUCCUGCUGAGCUCUUUGUGAACGCUGGCCAUGGGGCUGAUGACAGGGACCAUUGCCAGCGUGCACCGGACCAAUGCUGUCCUGAUUGCUAUGCUCAUCACUGCCAUUGUGGCCAUCAUUGUCACCAUCUUCUGCUUCCAGACCAAGGGUGAUUUUACAUCGUGUCCGGGGCUGUUCUGUGUGCUGGGCAUUGUGGUCAUGGUGACCGGGAUCAUCACUGCCAUCGUCCUCUCCUUCAAAUAUGUCUACUGGCUCCACAUGCUGUAUGCAGCCAUCGGGGCCAUUGCGUUCACACUGUUCCUUGCCUAUGACACCCAACUUGUGCUGGGGAACAGGAAGAACACACUGAGCCCCGAGGAGUACAUCUAUGGAGCCCUCACCAUCUACACCGACAUCAUCUACAUCUUCACCUUCCUCCUGCAGAUAGUGGGCCGGGAUUAGCCCUGGGACUCCUCCUGUCCUCCCUGGCUGCCCCUCACCCCCUCCUCUUGUCUCUAUACAGGAUAGUUCACUUACCAUGACUCUUAACGCUUUGGCAUUCCUACCUGUAGGCUGCUAAGGAAAGGGCCUUCCCUUGAUCAUCCCCCAACAAGCCUCCCAGGGCAGUGGGGGGGACUAGCUGCCAGUGUUUAGGCAGUGCCCGGCCUUGGCACUGCUUACUGAGGCUAUACCGAUGGCAUUGGGUUGGCAGUGGGAUGCCAGAGCCCUGCCUGGGCACCGGGAGCUGGCAGCAGCUGCUGGGAUCGCGUUGGAAUUUUUUGGCAGAGUCUGGUUGGCGUCAUUCACUCAGUGCCUUAAAUGCGGCUCUGGCCGUGCCCCCCCCAAGCUGUGGCUGUGCCUGGCAUGGGCGGGGGGCAGCUGGUACCCCCGUGGCAGAGCUCACAUUGCAGAGGCCCUGCAGCCACGGAUGUGGGCAAAGUUGCACUUGCUAAAUAAAAACACUUCAGUUUUCCA